AUGGUGACACAGCUGGCAAUGAUGCUGGAUGCUUUAAUAGAGAAGGAGAUCGAGGAUGUCAAUGUGCUGGAAUGCUUCUUUAUAGAAGCUUUGUAUUGUUCAUUGGGAGCCACAUUACUUGAGGGUGGAAGAAUUAAAUUUGAUGAAUAUGUAAAGCGCUUAGCAUCAAUGUCAACAAUUUAUGAUGAAAAGUCCCUGGCUGGGCCUGGAGAGCUUCCAGGUCAGCUGCCCACAAUCUAUGACUUUCAUUUUGAUGGUGAGAAAAAGAAAUGGAUACCUUGGAGCCAGUUGGUCCCAAAAUAUGUCCAUAAAUCAGAGGAGAAAUUUAUCGAUAUUUUAGUUCCCACUGUGGACACAACUCGCACCACAUGGCUCUUGGAGCAAAUGGUGAAAAUUAAAAGGCCAGUAGUUCUUGUAGGGGAAUCUGGGACAUCAAAGACUGCAACUACUAUGAACCUCCUAAGGAACCUGAACAGUGAUAGCAUGAUGUUGCUGACUAUCAAUUUUUCCUCUCGUACCACAUCAAUGGACAUCCAAAGGAAUCUGGAAGCCAACGUAGAGAAACGUACAAAGGAUAACUAUGGGCCACCAAUGGGAAAGCGACUUCUGGUGUUUAUGGAUGACAUGAAUAUGCCCAAGGUUGACGAAUAUGGAACCCAGCAGCCAAUUGCCCUCCUUAAGCUUUUGCUGGAGAAGGGAGGCAUGUAUGAUCGUGGGAAAGAACUUAACUGCAAGUUCCUUCGGGAUCUUGGAUUUAUAGCGGCAAUGGGAAAGGCUGGUGGUGGCCGAAAUGAAGUGGAUACAAGAUUUAUUUCCCUUUUUAGUGUAUUUAAUGUGCUUUUUCCUUCAGAAGAGUCUCUGCAACACAUUUACUACUCCAUCUUACAAGGGCACACUGCGCUAUUCAAUGAAGAUGUUCAGGCCAUCUGUGACAAGCUGACUUUAUGCACCUUGGAGUUAUAUAAAAUGAUUGUCCGGGACCUUCCUCCAACCCCUUCAAAGUUCCAUUAUAUAUUUAAUCUCCGGGACCUUUCCCGAGUAUUUCACGGACUGGUUCUUACUACCCCAGAAAGAUUCCAGACAGUGAACCAGAUGGUGAGAGUCUGGAGGAAUGAAGCUUUACGGGUUUUCCAUGAUAGACUAAUCAAUGAAGAUGACAAGAGAGUGGUCCAAGGCCACAUUCAAAGUUUAAUAGACGAACACUUCAAAGCUGACUUAGAGUAUGCCAUGAGGGACCCAAUCCUUUUUGGUGACUACAGAACUGCAAUGAAUGAAGGUGAACCACGAGUAUAUGAAGACAUUCAGGAUUAUGAUGCAGCUAAAGCUCUCUUUCAGGAAAUCCUUGAGGAGUACAAUGAAAGUAAGACCAAAAUGAACUUGGUUCUAUUUGAUGAUGCACUUGAACAUUUGACUCGAAUACACCGAAUAAUAAGGAUGGAUCGAGGUCAUGCUCUGCUGGUUGGUGUAGGAGGGUCAGGGAAGCAAUCUCUUGCUCGACUAGCUGCCUUUGCUGCUGGAUAUGAGGUGUUUGAAAUUGUUCUGAGCCGGGGAUAUGGAGAAAACAGUUUCCGUGAAGAUCUGAAGAAUCUUUACAUUAAACUCGGUCUAGAAAAUAAGAAAAUGAUUUUUCUGUUUACUGAUGCUCAUGUGGCUGAAGAAGGAUUUCUCGAACUUGUCAACAACAUGUUAACAUCAGGCAUGGUUCCUGCACUUUUCCCUGAUGAAGAGAAGGAGGCUGUUUUAGGCCAGAUCAGGGAUGAAGCUAGUAAAAAUGGGGUGGGCCCAGCAAAAGAAAGCAUUUGGCAAUACUUUGUUAACAAGAGUGCGAACAAUCUUCAUAUUGUUCUUGGAAUGUCCCCGGUUGGUGACACAUUAAGAACAAGAUGCAGAAAUUUUCCAGGUUUGGUGAAUAAUACUGGAAUUGAUUGGUUCUUGCCUUGGCCACCUCAAGCUCUGUAUGCUGUUGCUAAAUCAUUUUUAGGAGAGAGCCAAAUGAUCCCAUCUGAGGAUUUAGAGCCAGUCAUCAGCCAUGUUGUAAUGGUUCAUGAGUCUGUGGGAAAAUUCAGCAAAAUAUUCCAGCAGAAGUUGAGACGCAGCAACUAUGUAACUCCGAAGAACUACCUUGACUUCAUCAACACGUAUUCCAAACUGUUGGAAGAGAAGAACCAGUUUAACUUGGCACAGUGCAAACGUCUUGAAGGGGGUCUAGAUAAGCUUAAAGAAGCUGCUGUACAAUUGGCUGAGCUGAAUUUAAAGCUGGCGGAACAAAAAGUCAUAUUGGCUGAGAAAUCAGCUGCAUGUGAAGCAUUAUUGGAUGAGAUAUCAGUUAACACAGCAGUAGCUGAAGAAAAAAGAAAGCUUGCUGAAGAAAAGGCUGCAGAAAUAGAGGAGCAGAACAAAGUGAUUGCAGUAGAGAAGCAGGAAGCAGAGAGUGCCUUGACAGAGGCUUUACCUAUAUUGGAGGCUGCAAAACUGGAACUACAGAAAUUGGACAAGUCUGAUGUCACAGAGAUAAGGACAUUUGCCAAGCCACCAAGAGCUGUUCAGGUUGUAUGCGAGUGCAUCCUUGCCAUGAGAGGCUACAAGGAGAUCAGCUGGAAAAGUGCAAAGGCAAUGAUGUCUGAACCAAAUUUUCUGAGAAUACUUAUGGAUAUGGACUUCGAUGCCAUCACACAGAAUCAAGUCAAGACUGUUAGAGGUUUCUUGAAAAACCUUAAUGCAACGCUCGAGGAAAUGGAAAGUAUUAGUAAGGCAGGCUUAGGAAUGCUGAAAUUUGUAGAUGCCGUGAUGGGUUACUGUGAUGUGGCUAAAGAAAUUAAGCCAAAGAGAGAAAAGGUGGCAAAGCUAGAAAGGAACUAUUACAUGAGUAAGCGUGACCUGGAGAAGAUUCAGGCUGAGCUCGCUGCCAUCCAGAGUGAACUGAAAACCCUAGGAGAGCGCUAUGAGGCUGCCAUAACAGAGAAGCAAAAACUGCAAGAGGAAGCAGAAAUAAUGGAGCGCAGGCUGAUCGCAGCUGAUAAACUCAUCUCUGGACUGGGAUCUGAGAAUAUAAGGUGGACCAAGGAUCUGGAAGACCUGAAGGAGAGACGAGUGAAGUUACUUGGAGACUGUUUGCUGUGUUCUGCAUUUCUUAGCUAUGAAGGAGCUUUCAACUGGGAGUUCCGUAAAGAAAUGGUAUACACAGCAUGGCAGCAGGAUAUACUGGACCACAAUAUCCCACUGAGCCAGCCUUUCAGGAUAGAGAGCUUACUUACUGAUGAUGUUGAAAUUAGCAGAUGGGGAUCAGAAGGAUUACCUCCUGAUGAGCUCUCCAUACAGAAUGGAAUACUGACCACUAGGGCAAGUCGUUUCCCAUUGUGCAUAGAUCCUCAACAACAAGCAUUGAACUGGAUUAAAAGGAAAGAGGAGAGAAAUAACCUUAAGAUUUCUUCAUUUAAUGAUCCUGAUUUCUUGAAACAAUUAGAAAUGGCCAUUAAAUAUGGCUUCCCAUUCCUGUUUCAAGACGUGGAUGAGUAUAUUGACCCUGUUAUUGACAAUGUUCUGGAGAAGAACAUCAAAGGUGCUCAAGGUCGCCAGUUCAUCAUUUUAGGAGAUAAAGAGGUGGAUUAUGAUCCAAACUUCAAAUUGUAUCUAAACACUAAGUUAGCAAACCCCAAGUACUCCCCAUCAGUGUUUGGUAAAGCCAUGGUGAUCAAUUAUACUGUUACCCUGAAAGGCCUGGAAGAUCAGUUACUUAGUGUCAUUGUUGGCUUUGAAAGAAGAGAAUUAGAAGAGCAAAGAGAACAUCUGAUACAAGAGACCAGUGAAAAUAAAAAGUUGUUAAAGGACUUGGAGGAUUCAUUGCUAAGAGAGCUUGCCACGUCUACUGGUAACAUGCUGGAUAAUGUAGAACUAGUUCAUACUCUGGAAGAGACUAAAUCAAAAGCAACUGAGGUGUCAGAAAAACUUAAACUGGCAGAGCGGACUGCAGUGGACAUUGAUAAAUUACGAGAUGGGUACAGACCAGCUGCCAAGCGUGGAGCCAUUCUUUUCUUUGUCCUGUCUGAAAUGGCACUGGUCAACUCAAUGUAUCAAUAUUCUCUGUCCUCAUUCUUGGCAGUCUUUGAUUUAUCACUGCGGAAGUCUUUGCCUGAUGGUAUUUUGGCCAAAAGGUUGAAAAACAUAAUGGACACUUUAACAUUCAAUGUCUACAAUUACGGAUGUACAGGCUUAUUUGAAAGACAUAAGCUACUAUUUUCCUUCAAUAUGACUAUAAAGAUAGAACAAGCAGAUGGCAGGGUGCCACAGGAAGAACUGGAUUUUUUCUUAAAAGGAAAUAUAUCCCUUGAGAAAAGUAGGAGGAAGAAGCCAUGUUCCUGGCUCCCAGACCAAGGUUGGGAGGAUGUCAUGCGGCUGUCUGAACUGUUCCCAUCACUGUUUGGGUCACUUCCUGAUGACGUAGAGAGGCAUGAGUCGGAGUGGAAGGCUUGGUACGACCUGGACACUCUGGAACAAUAUCCUUUCCCGCUUGGCUACAAUGACAAGCUUUCCAGCUUCCAGAAACUGAUACUCCUGCGUUGCUUCAGAGUAGACCGUGUAUACAGAGCUGUUACGGACUAUGUUACAGUUACCAUGGGAGAGAAGUAUGUUCAGCCACCAGUCAUAAGCUUUGAAGCCAUAUUUGAACAGAGUGUUCCAACUUCACCAAUCGUCUUUAUCUUGAGCCCAGGGUCUGACCCUGCCAGUGACCUCAUGAAGCUAGCAGAGAGAUCUGGAUUUGGCGGAAACCGACUUAAGUUCCUUGCCAUGGGACAGGGGCAGGAGAAAGUUGCUCUGCAGCUGCUGGAGAUAGCGGUAUCUCGUGGGCAAUGGCUAAUGCUACAGAAUUGUCACCUCUUGGUGAAAUGGCUGAAGGAUUUGGAGAAAGCCUUGGAGUUGAUAAGGAAACCUCAUCCAGAUUUCCGCCUGUGGCUCACCACAGAUCCCACCAAAGAUUUUCCAAUUGGAAUACUACAGAAAUCCCUCAAGGUGGUUACAGAACCUCCCAAUGGGCUGAAGCUGAACAUGAGGGCAACAUACUUUAAAAUCAGCCAUGAAGCUCUUGAUGCCUGUCAGCAUCCAGCGUUUAAAUCCCUUGUCUAUGUCCUGGCAUUCUUCCAUGCUGUGGUGCAGGAGAGAAGGAAGUUUGGAAAGAUUGGUUGGAAUGUGCCUUAUGAUUUUAAUGAAUCAGAUUUCCAGGUGUGCAUGGAAAUUUUAAAUACAUAUCUAACCAAAGCUUACACUCAAAAUGAUACCAGGAUACCAUGGGGCAGUCUGAAGUACCUUAUUGGAGAGGUUAUGUAUGGUGGCCGAGCCAUCGAUAGCUUUGAUAGAAGAAUUCUAACCAUAUACAUGGAUGAAUAUUUGGGCGACUUCAUAUUUGACACAUUCCAACUUUUCCACUUUUAUAAGAAUGAUGAAGUUGACUACAAAAUUCCAAGUGGUGAUAAAAAGGAUGACUUUGUUGAGGAGAUAGAGUCCCUUCCACUGGCCAACACCCCAGAAGUAUUUGGCCUUCACUCAAAUGCUGAAAUUGGAUAUUACACGCAAGCAGCUCGGGAUAUGUGGUCUCACCUCCUGGAGCUGCAGCCACAAACAGGUGAAUCUGGCUUGGGGAUCAGCCGUGAUGAGUACAUUGGGCAGGUGGCAAAAGACAUUGAAAACAAACUACCCCAAAUAUUUGAUUUGGAUCAAAUUAGAAAGAAUUUUGGCCUGGACAUCUCACCCACCACAGUGGUGCUGCUGCAGGAACUGGAGAGAUUUAACAAACUGAUAAGUUCUAUGUCCAGGUCUCUUGCUGAACUUCAGAGGGCUUUGGCUGGGGAAGUUGGAAUGAGCAAUGAGUUAGAUGAAGUAGCUCGAGCACUUUUUAAUGGUCAGAUUCCAAACAUAUGGAGAAGACUGGCUCCUGAUACACUGAAGUCUUUGGGAAACUGGAUGAUUCAUUUCAGAAGACGCUACAAUCAGUACACAUCAUGGGUUACUGAAGGAGAGCCAAAUGUCAUGUGGCUGUCAGGUCUACAUAUCCCAGAAUCCUACCUGACUGCUCUUGUCCAAGCCACCUGCAGGAAGAAUGGCUGGCCACUUGACCGUUCCACACUGUACACUCAGGUUACCAAGUUUCGUACAGCUGAAGAAGUGACUGAAAGACCUGGACAGGGAUGCUUCAUAUCAGGCUUGUACCUUGAGGGAGCUGACUGGGACAUAGAAAAUUCGUGUUUAGUUAAAAGUAAACCCAAAGUACUUGUCGUGGAGUUGCCUGUAUUAAAGGUUAUUCCGAUCGAAGCUCAUCGCCUCAAAUUACAGAACACAUUCCGGACACCAGUGUACACCACUUCCAUGAGGAGAAACGCAAUGGGAGUAGGAUUGGUAUUUGAGGCUGAUCUGUACACCACAAAACAUAUAUCACACUGGGUAUUACAAGGCGUGUGCCUCACUCUCAACUCUGAUUAG